CCGUGGCGUGCCCGCUCCCACGCGAUCCCUGCGCAUCGGACCCAGGCUGCAGCUAGGGCCGCGCGCCCGGGACCCCAGCAGAUCCCCGCCGGCUGCGAGCUGGGAGUCGCGAGCUCAGCGGAGCCCGCGCGGUCGAGCCCGUGUAUGCAAAUUAGCCAUGUGACGGCAAAAGCCUCCUGGCCCAGCCCUGUUCCUCAGUCCAUAUAUGGGCAGCGACGUCACGGAUAUUGAAGACCUGCCCAUAAAUACUUAGAGCAACACUUUCCGUCUAACUGAGCGAGCAGCAAUUGAUUAAUAGCUCGGCGAGGGGACACACUGACUGUUAUAAUAACACUACACCAGCAUCUCCUGGCUUCCCAGCAGCCGGAACACAGACAGGAGAGAGUCAGUGGCAAAUAGCCAUUUUUCUUCUUUCUUAAAAAACAGCAACUUGUUUGCUACUUUUAUUUCUGUGUUGUUUUUUUUUUUUUUCUUUUUCUUUUUGGUGUGUGUGGUGGUUGUUUUUAAGUGUGGAGGGCAAAAGGAGAUACCAUCCCAGGCUCAGUCCAACCCCUCUCCAAAACGGCUUUUCUGACACUCCAGCUGUCUGACAACAUCUACCCGGUGGAGGACCUCGCCGCCACGUCGGUGACCAUCUUUCCCAAUGCCGAACUGGGAGGCCCCUUUGACCAGAUGAACGGAGUGGCCGGAGAUGGCAUGAUCAACAUUGACAUGACUGGAGAGAAGAGGUCGUUGGAUCUCCCAUAUCCCAGCAGCUUUGCUCCCGUCUCUGCACCCAGAAACCAGACCUUCACUUACAUGGGCAAGUUCUCCAUUGACCCUCAGUACCCUGGUGCCAGCUGCUACCCAGAAGGCAUCAUCAAUAUUGUGAGUGCAGGCAUCUUGCAAGGGGUCACCUCCCCAGCUUCGACCACAGCCUCGUCCAGCGUCACGUCUGCUUCCCCCAACCCACUGGCCACAGGACCCCUGGGUGUGUGCACCAUGUCCCAGACCCAGCCUGACCUGGACCACCUGUACUCUCCGCCACCGCCUCCUCCUCCUUACUCUGGCUGUGCGGGAGACCUCUACCAGGACCCUUCUGCAUUCCUGUCAGCAGCCACCACCUCCACCUCUUCCUCUCUGGCCUACCCACCACCUCCUUCCUACCCGUCCCCCAAGCCAGCCACGGACCCAGGUCUCUUCCCGAUGAUCCCAGACUAUCCUGGAUUCUUUCCAUCUCAGUGCCAGAGAGACCUACAUGGUACAGCUGGCCCAGACCGUAAGCCCUUUCCCUGCCCCCUGGACACCCUUCGGGUGCCCCCUCCACUCACUCCACUCUCUACCAUCCGUAACUUUACCCUGGGGGGCCCCAGUGCUGGGGUGACUGGACCAGGGGCCAGUGGAGGCAGCGAGGGACCCCGGCUGCCUGGUAGCAGCUCAGCAGCAGCUGCUGCCACUGCCUAUAACCCACACCACCUACCACUGCGGCCCAUUCUGAGGCCUCGCAAGUACCCCAACAGACCUAGCAAGACGCCAGUACAUGAGAGGCCCUAUCCGUGCCCAGCAGAAGGCUGCGACCGGCGGUUCUCCCGCUCCGACGAGCUGACACGGCACAUCCGAAUCCACACUGGGCACAAGCCCUUCCAGUGUCGGAUCUGCAUGCGCAACUUCAGCCGCAGUGACCACCUCACCACCCAUAUCCGCACGCACACUGGUGAGAAGCCCUUUGCCUGUGACUACUGUGGCCGAAAGUUUGCCCGGAGUGAUGAGAGGAAGCGCCACACCAAGAUCCACCUGAGACAGAAAGAGCGGAAAAGCAGUGCACCCUCUGCAUCACUGCCAGCCCCGUCCACAGCGUCCUGCUCUGGGGGCGCACAGCCUGGGGGUACCCUGUGCAGCAGCAACAGCGGCACUCUUGGUGGAGGGCCGCUGGCCCCUUGCUCCUCUCGGACCCGGACACCUUGAGAUGAGACUCAGGCUGACAUACCAGCUCCCAAAGGUCCCGGAAUCCCUUUGUCCACUGGAGCUGCACGACAAACACUACCACCCUUCCCUGCCCCUCCCUCCCUUCGUUGGGCGAAGGGCUUUGGUGGAGCCUAGCACUGCCCACUUUCCACCUAGAAGCAUGUCCUUCCUAAAACUUAGCCCAUUCUAGUCUCAUAGAUGAGCUGACUAUCAACCCAAGGCAAAAGGGAGGCUUAGAGGGGGAUGGGGUGGGGGCCCCUGGCUGAGGGCUGAGGUCUGACCCUGCUUUAAAGGGUUGUUUGACUAGGUUUUGCUCCCCGCUUCCCCUUAUUUUGACCCCUCCCAGGCUUUUGACCCUGGAUAUCAGGAUUAAUCUAAGACGUUUUCUACAAUAGGUUGGGAGAUGCUGAUCCCUUCAAGUGGGGACAGCAAAAAGACAAGCAAAACUGAUGUGCACUUUAUGGCUUGCGACUGAUUUGGGGGACUGUACAGUGAGUGAAGCAUGGCCUGAAUGCCGCACUCUGUGGCCCUUGAAUGGCGAAUCAGAGCAUAUCUAGUUGUCUCAACCCUUGAAGCAAUAUGUAUUAUAAACUCAGAGAACAGAAGUGCAAUGUGAUGGGAGGGACAUAGCAAUAUCUGCUCCUUUUCGUGAGAAAUGUAGACUAUUUUUUCAGUGUAUAUCCACUCAGAUUUUGUGUAUUUUUGAUGUACACUGUUCUCUAAAUUCUGAAUCUUUGGGGAAAAAAUGUAAAGCAUUUAUGAUCUCUUGAAAUGAGUCAGAGGUUAACUUAUUUAAGGGGGAUGUACAUAUAUUCUCUGAAACUAGGAUGCAUGCAAUCGUGUUGGAAGUGUCCUUGGUGCCUUGUGUGAUGUAGACAAUGUUACAGGGUCUGCAUGUAAAUGGGUUGCCUUAUUAUGGAAAAAAAAUCACUCCCUGGGUUUAGUAUGGCUGUAUAUUUCUGCCUAUUAAUAUUUGGAAUUUUUUUUAGAAAGUAUAUUUUUGUAUGCUUUGUUUUGUGACUUAAAAGUGUUACCUUUGUAGUCAAAUUUCAGAUAAGAAUGUACAUAAUGUUACUGGAGCUGAUUUGUUUGGUUAUUAGCUCUUAAUAGUUGUGAAAAAAUAAAUGAUCUAUUCUAAUGCAAAACCACUAACUGAAGUUCAGAUAAUGGAUGGUUUAUGACUAUAGUGUAAAUAAAUACUUUUCAACAAUA